AUGACGUCGCCUCUCGCGACGACGCGCGUCGCCGUCGCGGACGCGUCCGCACGCCGACGAACGCGCGGAAGCUCCGCCGCGAAGAAGAUUUCCGCGAAGAAGAACGCCUCCUCGCGCCGCGCCGUCGCGCCCGCCGCCGCGCCCGCCGCGGAGUCCGCGACGACGUCCAUCGACUGGGAGAAGCUCGACGCGGAGUUCCAAGACGCCACGACGAUCGCGAUCCUGGACCGCGCGCUCGAGAUUUUCGGCGACACGCUCGCCAUCGCGUUCAGCGGCGCGGAGGACGUCGCGCUGAUCCAAUACGCGUCGCUCACGGGCCGACCCUUCCGCGUCUUCUCCCUGGACACGGGUCGGCUGAACCCGGAGACGUACCAGCUCUUCGACGACGUGGAGAAGCACUUCGGGAUCAAGAUCGAGUUCACGUUCCCGGACGAGGACGCGGUCGUGGAGCUCGUGAACGAGAAGGGCAUGUUCUCCUUCUACGAGGACGGCCACAAGGCGCGACUUCACUUCCCGGCGUCUCUCGCUUUCAAUCCCCGAACGCGAUGCCUUUCAACUCCACCCCUGACGUGCCUUUCAACGCCUUUCAACGGCCACAAGGAGUGCUGCGGCGUUCGGAAAGUCCAGCCGCUGCGCAAGAAGCUGAAAACCCUCAACGCGUGGGUCACCGGGCAGCGGAAGGACCAGAGCCCCGGGACGCGAAUGGCCGUCCCCGCGGUGCAGAUCGACCCGGUGUUCGAGGGCGCGAGCGGCGGCGCCGGGUCGCUCGUGAAGUUCAACCCGCUCACCAACGCGACGUCGCAAGGUGCGUUCUUCUCACACUGGUAA